AUGCGCAUAGAGCAUCGAAAUGGCGGCCAGGUCCUGCGAAAAGUACUGAGGUCCGCUGUAAUUUCGACAGAUUUGUUAAGCUUUGGAGCCUUGGUGAGGGUAAUUCAGUACUGAAACAGUGUUCCACAACUGCAGCAGCCGAUGAACAGCAUGGGCAGGACUGCGUUGAAAGAUCAGAAAGACAGUAGGAAGGAGAAGGCAGGCAGGAGUACUCCGGUCAGUGCAGGGCCGGCUCCAGUUAAAGUACCUGAGGCUUUCUCAUGGGAGGAAUAUCUGAAGGAGACGUCGUCUACACCUGCUCCUGCCAGCUGCUUCAAACAGUCUCGCAUCCCUCCCUCAAAUGACUUCAAGGCUGGGAUGAAACUGGAGGCCCGUGACCCUCGGAACUCCACUUCCGUCUGCAUCGCCACAGUAAUGGGCAUGACAGGCAUCAGGCUCCGCCUACGCCUCGACGGCAGUGACAACACCAACGACUUCUGGAGGCUGGUGGACUCCGCAGACAUCCAGCCAAUAGGAACCUGUGAGAAGAAUGGAGACAUGCUGCAGCCUCCGCUGGGAUUCCGGAUGAAUGCCUCCUCGUGGCCCAUGUUCUUGCUGAGGACGUUAAAUGGAGCAGAGAUGGCUCCAGGUUCAGCAUUUAAAAAGGAACCUCUGAGGCCCUCUCAGAAUGGAUUUAAGCCAGGUAUGAAGCUAGAAGCUGUGGAUAAAAAGAACCCUUACCUCAUCUGCCCGGCCACUGUCGGUGAGGUGAAAGGCGACGAGGUGUUUGUGAUGUUUGAUGGCUGGCGGGGGGCGUUCGAUUACUGGUGCCGUUACGACUCCAGAGACAUCUUUCCUGUGGGCUGGUGCACAGUGACCAAACACAGCCUGCAGCCGCCUGGAAACAGCAUCACUCUCCCAAAAUCGCUCCCAGCCCCUUCCUCGUCCUCCUCUUCCUCGCCGACUAAGCCCACCCGCCGCUCCAUGCAGUCAUCAUACCGCCUGCCUACGCCCCUGCCCCAGCUGCCCGUGAGGAAGGGCGUGAGGGGCCGGCGGCCAAAGAGUGAGACUCUUGCCCUGCUGAAGGCUCUUGCAGCAUCCGCCACCUCACCAAAUACAGCCGGACCUCAGCCGGACACCCCUGAGCCCACAUCACCACUCACCCCACGGCCACCUAAAAAGAGAGGACCCAAACCAGGCAGCAAGAGGAAGCCCAAGAUUCUGCAGAGCCCACUGUCACCAUCAGCUGGAUCUGAGUCCAGACUGCCCCCUGCCCAGCAGCUCAGAGAUGGCAUGUCUCCGCUUAGCUGCUCCUCCUCAUCAGUGGUGUCCACGGUGUGUGUGUAUGUAAAUAAGCAUGGAAACUGCGGGCCUCACCUGGACCGGAAACAGGUACAGCGGCUGCCGGAUCAUUUCGGACCCGAGGCUGUGAACCUGGUUCUGCAGCAGACGGUACAGGCAUGUCUGGACUGCGCAUACCAGCCCAAAGUGCUGCUGGGAUGCCUGCAAAACCAGCCUGAUGGGGGAGAGGUGGUCCGAGUGAGAAUGGAUGGAGGAACACGAAUGGUGAAGCUGCCAUCUGCCUCCAGCGCCGCGUUCGUUCUGCGUUUCCUGGAGAUGAUGUGUCGGCACCUGCAGUGUGACAACCUUUUCAGCAGCCAGCCCUUCAGCCCCUGCAGCAGCUACGAGCGCAGCAAGUCAGUAAAAGAAGAGUUAUCAGAUGCUCCAGCUUUGAACAGAGGAGUGAAGAGAAUCUCCAGAGACUCCCCGCCCUACUCUGCCCCACUGUCCCCCAAACUACUACGCACAGAUACACAUCCCUCAGAAGCUGAGACCCUGCCUCCAGAAGAGAACGGUUUACUGAAGGAGCAGCGCUUCAUGGACUCCGCCUCCAACUCCAUGACACCCCGCCCACAGACUUUAAGAAGCACCUCUGAGUACCAGUCCCAGUCCAGCAGUCCAUAUUACCACAGCAGUGGCCCUCCUCUGCGUCGCCAUGCCUCCAACCCCCCUAUACGCACCCACAGAAGAGUAGAAGCAGCGAGUUCUACUACUGGUCCUGAUGCAGCCACUGCAGAGGGUGAAACUCCCAGGAGCAGCAGCAGAAGCCCCUCCUCCUGGUCUAUAGAGGAAGUGAUGCAGUUUGUGCGAGAUGCAGACCCCACAGCGCUGGCUCCUCAUGCUGAGCUCUUUAGGAAGCAUGAGAUAGACGGGAAAGCUCUGAUGCUGCUCAGGAGUGACAUGGUGAUGAAGUACAUGGGCCUGAAGCUUGGCCCUGCCCUCAAACUCUGCUACCAUAUUGAGAGACUCAAACAAGGCAAACAAUGAAAACUGACUGGAAGUGCUGGAUCCCACCAUGUUAGCCAUGGUUAACCAUGCUAGCUGGAUUAUACAGAGAGUACUGGAUCCCCACAUACAGUUCUGAAUAUUACUCAGUACUGGAUUAGGUUUGCGGUGCUGUGCUAACGACACAGUACAGGAUCAAAUAACACACAGACGGUACUGGUUUGUGGGAUAGAUUUACAGUACUGGGAGAAUGACACAGUGCUGGACCAAACACUUACGUCACAUGACUCUGUACUGCUACACAUCCAACCUACCAAACAGUGCUGCAGCUAGACAAAGACAAAGGCUUCCCAUCGGGGGAAACGAGGGGCUACAGACUCCACAAGCAUGUCAGGAGGAAUAAACCUUAAAGAGGAUAAAUGUGCAGAGGCAGCAGACUGAGCGCUAAUGCAGUCAGUGCACAGGGAGACACACCGCUGUGAAGAGAAGGAUCUGGGCAGCAAUAAAGUCCUGCACACACUACCUACCUACCACUGGAGAUGAACAGAGCCUGGACAAGGAAAGACCAGAGGAAAGCUGAAGUGGAUGGGUGGAUGCUUCUCUCUUAUAAAUGUUUUUCUUUUUCUGCAUAUCAUCAGUGUUGAUUCAAAAUCUUGAUAUUUUUUUUUUUGUAAAUUUGUAGAUUAGACUGCUUCAUGCUCUUUGCAUUGUGUGAAGGACUGGUCCAAAACAAAUUGCUAUAAAAUCAUGUGACAUUGAUAUAUUAUAUUGGUAUAAUUUAUUUCCCUUUAAAAUCAAAUUACAAUGAUUACAGCAUUGUAUACAUUUUAAUUACUUUUUUUUAUUUGUUUUUUAUUUUAUUUUCCUGUUUUCUACAGGAAAAAGUUUUGCAGAGUUUUUCUGAGUAAAGACCCAAAACAACUUGGUAUAAGAUCAUGUGACACUGAUGUUUAAUUUACAAUUAUUACAAGAUUUUAUUGCAAAAAGGACGAUUUGCAGCUUUCCGUUUAGUUUUUUUUUUUUUU